AUGGGGACCGCACUCGUCUACCACGAGGAUAUGGCGGUCGCUCGGCUUCUCUGGGACGACCCCGAGUGCAAGAUCGAGUGCCCCGAGCGGCUGACCUCCACCCUGGAGCGCCUACAGCAGUGCGGUCUGGAGCAGAGGUGCCUGCGUCUGGCGGCACGUGAGGCCUCGGAGGUGGAGCUAGGACUGGUACACAGCCCCGAGUACAUAGCUGCAGUGCGCGGGACCCAGGCCCUGGACCCACGGGAGCUCCAGACUCUGUCUGAACAGUACGAUGCAGUUUACUUCCACCCGAGCACCUUUCACUGUGCCCGCCUGGCUGCGGGGGCUGCACUACAGCUGGUGGACGCUGUGCUGGCGGGGGAUGUCCACAAUGGACUCGCUCUUGUGAGGCCUCCUGGUCACCAUAGCCAACGAGCAGCUGCCAAUGGGUUCUGUGUGUUCAACAACGUGGCUCUAGCGGCUGAGUAUGCCAAGCAAAAACAUGGGCUGCACAGGAUCCUCAUCGUUGACUGGGAUGUCCAUCACGGUCAGGGCAUCCAGUACAUCUUUGAGGAUGACCCAAGCGUCCUCUACUUCUCCUGGCACCGUUAUGAGCACGGGCGCUUCUGGCCCUUCCUCCGAGAGUCAGAUGCAGACGCCGUAGGCCGGGGCCAGGGUUGUGGUUUCACUGUCAACCUACCCUGGAACCAGGUGGGGAUGGGAAACGCUGACUACGUGGCGGCCUUCCUGAAUGUACUGCUCCCCCUGGCCUUCGAGUUUGACCCUGAGUUGGUGCUGGUCUCUGCUGGCUUCGACUCGGCCAUUGGGGACCCUGAGGGACUGAUGCGGGCCACACCCGAGUGCUUCGCCCAUCUCAUGCACCUGCUGCUGGUACUGGCUGGCGGCCGGGUCUGCGCUGUGCUGGAGGGUGGCUACCACCUCGAGUCCUUGGCGGAGUCGGUGUGCAUGACUGUGCAGGCACUGCUGGGAGACCCCACCCCACCUCUUUCGGGUACCAUGGUGCCCUGUUGGAGUGCCCUGGAGUCCAUUCAGCGUGUCCAGGUGGCCCAGGCCCCUCACUGGACAAGCCUGCAGUAUCAAGACACAGCCCCCCUGCGGGGUCCCAGCGCCUGCUCCCCAGAGGGGAGGCCCCCACCCCCAAUCCCUGGGAGUCCUGAGUAUGUGGCGGCAGCAGCGGUGGCAGCGACUGAAGCCACCAUAGAGCUGAGUUCUCUCCUGGAGCGGUUGCGUCUCCAUCCCCUGCCCCCGGUCCGCACAGCCAUUGCUCUGACCUCCACAGAUGCUGCCUUGGACCUGCCUCCUGGUGUCCUCCUUCAGGAGGGGUCAGCCCCAAGGGAGGAGACUGAGACCUGGGCCAGACCUCAUGAGACCCUGGCCCAGGCUGAGGCCUUCAUUGCUCUUGGGAAGGUCCUGGACCUCGUGAACAGGAUCCUGGAUGGGCAGGUCAGCAGUGGUAUUGCGGCCACACCUGCCUCUGCUAUUGCUGCCACCCUGGAGGUGACCCUCCGGCAUGGCCUGUCCCUCGGAGCCCAGAGGCUGCUGUGUGUGGCCAUAGGACAGCUGGGUAGGCCUCCAGACCUCGCCGAUGACGGGAGGACUCUGUGGCUGAACAUCGGAGGCCCCGAGGCAGCCGCUCUGUCCAGGUUCCACAUCUUGGUGCCGCUGCCGGGGGCAACUGGGGGUCUUCUGAGCUGUGUCUUGGGCCUGGUGUUGCCCCUGGCCUAUAGCUUCCAGCCUGACCUGGUUCUGGUGGCCCUGGGGCCAUCCCAAAGCCUGCCUGACCCGCACAUUGCACUCCUGGCCUCCCUGCUUCGGGUUCCAGCAGGGGGCCGAGUCUUGGUCCUGGUGCAGGAAUCUAAACCCCAGCUUGUAGGGGCCCUGGCUGGGGCACUGUAUGGGAAAGCCCCACCCAGCCCGGGUCCCUGCUCCACACCUGCACCCCAGGACACGUGGGCUCUGAGGCACCUGAGAGCGCAGCUGGAGCCCCAGUGGGGGAUGCUGCGGGUGGCCGGUGAGGAGCUGGCCUUGCCCUGA